AAGUUGGAGACAUAAAUGACUUCCCAGUGUGUCCUCAGCUCAGAGGAGUGAGAGGUUUCCUGGGAGAAGCAUGCUGUGUGCUGAGGAUGGAUCAUACAACAGACACAGGCUCCGGGAUGAAACCAUUCUCGGCACAGGAGGCCAGAGAGCUUGUCCUCGGGUUGGACCGCCCCGCAGUUUUCCUCCACAUGGCCCGGGAUUGGCCAGCUUCUCGCUGGGACGUCACUCGCCUGUCUGACCUCUUGCAGGACAAGAGCCUGCGCUUCCGGAUUGGAAAGAGGGGAUUGGAUCCGGAGCCGCAGUUUGAGACAGAAUGCGAUUAUAUCGAUGGGACGGUCGGGCAGUUCCGGUCUUGGAUUGGUGGAGAUUCUUCAGAGCGGUGUGGAGCAUUUGGAGGGUUUGACAGGGCGGAGUUUUGGGCCUACGCCGACUAUAAGUAUUUGGCCGUCCUGUUUGAAGACAGACCAGAAAUUCUGCAGGAUGUGCUUUGGAAAGAUUUUGGAUUCCCCGGAAGAGGAGGUCGGGAGAGCACUCUAUGGGUCGGGAGCCGCGGAGCCAAUACUCCGUGUCACAUCGACUCUUAUGGCUGCAAUCUGGUGCUGCAGGUGGAAGGAAGGAAAAGGUGGCACCUCUUCCCCCCUGAGGACUCGGAUCACCUGUACCCCACCCGCAUCCCCUAUGAGGAGUCCAGCAUUUUCAGCAGAGUCAAUGUGGUGAACCCCAACCUGAGCCGCUACCCAUCAUUCUGCAAUGCCCACCCACAUGUGGUCACCCUGCACCCCGGCCAGGUGUUAUUUGUCCCUCGUCAUUGGUGGCAUUACGUGGAAUCGAUUGAUGAUGUCACUGUCAGCGUCAACUCCUGGAUCGAGCUGGAUUCGGAUGACGCGUCUCGUGUAGAAGAAGCCAUAACACGGAUGGUGGUUUGCGCCUUUAAAUCCGCUGAUCCUUCUGUGCCCCCCGAUGAUUGGCUGAACCCCACGGAGGGAGCCGCGACCUCGCACGGGACCAACCUGAACUACCUGAACCGGGCGUGUGCCGCCUACCUGGAGCGCAAGAGGGCGGCGGCAACGGGCGAGGGUGACGAGGAUGCUCUGCCGCUGAAAAGGAGACGGGCGGGCCUGUCUUCAGAGGUCGUCGGGAGCCGCUUCGGAGAAUAUCUCCUCCCCGUGUUACCUGCGUCAGGUGAGGAGGACGCUAGAGGGAAGGCGGAGACUCGAGGAAAAGAAGAGGCAAGAGAGGCCGAUCCCGGAGCGGACGCGAUCAGCAGCGACGCGGUGCUGGACUGUUUGGUGAACCCUCGGGUGGUCCGAUUGGUGGCUCAGCUCCUAUUGACCCGGCCGCAUCGGUAGUCGCAUGACCGAGUCGCUAAAUCUGCUCACUAUAUGGCGCUCAAUGAAACCGCCAUCGGAUCUGAAGAGUUGAGCGAUCGGAAAUCCGGCGUUCAGCAGCCAGACGGACUUUUUAUAUGUAGAGAGUUUUUUUUUUCUAUGUUGCAAUUAUGUGACCAAGAAAGAUUCCGUAACAAAAUUGUGUAGCAAA